ACUGUCUGCAAGUCAGAAAUUUCCUCAGUCUGAAGAAAGAACAGACAACGACCGAUUUUCGUGUCAAUCUUUAAAACAGAGCAAGGCGUUGCGUUUAUUCGAACAAAUAUGCACGGCGUGGAGGACUUCGAGGGAUGCGGCACAGCGUCAGUUCUGGCUUGCCCCCAGAACCGUAAACCCAUCUUCACACAGGGACUGAAGUGUAGGUCUGUCUUGGAGGGGGACCCGGCAUUCUUCCUGUGCAAGCUGGUGGCAUGCCCAGCACCACACAUGGCCUGGUUCCACAACAACCGGCCCGUCCUCCAGGACUGCCGCAAGGUGAUUCGCACCGAGAGCACGGAGCACACGCACUGCGCCAGCCUGGAGCUGCGGGACGUGCGGGAGCGCGACGCGGGCAGCUACAGGGUAUUUGCCAUUAACAGUGAGGGCUCAGCCGAGUCCACUGCCUCACUGCUGGUGGCUCGCAGAGGGGAGCGGCGGGGCUCGGGUCUCGCCGGGAAGGCAGAGUGGAUGCGGCAGAGCUGGGAGUGCCUGCUGCAGCAGCGGCGGGAGGACCGGCUGCGGGUGGUGCUCCGCUGCACUGGCUCACCCUUCGACAAGGGGCAGGAGGCUGAGCCCGGGCACCUCUCACCGGCCCGGGCCAUGGUACGGACCAUCCGCUUCCAGAGCCUGCCGCUGGCUGGGCCCUGCCGCCCAGGGCUGGCGCACGGCAGGGAGCACAGGGGCACGGUGGCUAAUGCUGAGGAGCUGCUGGAUGAGGAGACUCGCUGGAAGCUGCAGAAGCUGCGGGAAGCAAAGAGGGCGGCACUGAAAAAGAAGCAGGAAUCCCUCAUGUCCGCGCCCCGGGAGGGCCCUCCUGGGAAGCCGAGCCCACUUAAGGUGGCUGCUAAAAUGGUUGGCUCCAAGCCCCUCACAGUGCAGGUAGUGAAGCAAUACUCCAGGCCCAAGGCCCUGGGGGAGAGAUGGCAGGUGCCAGGUGGGCUCCUGGAGCCCUGCCCACCCCUCUUUGUACAGCAGAUCAAGCCCCAGGAAACUGUUGAGGGGCAAAGAUGCACUUUCUCCUGCCUCUUCCAUGGCCGCCCACAGCCCACCGUCACUUGGUACAACAACGACAAGCCCGUGGGGCGCAUCCAGGGCACUGCUGUUCACACCACCGGGUGCUGCUCCACACUGACCUUCCCAUCUGUGCUCCCACAGCACGGUGGCACUGUCACCUGUGUGAUCUUCAACCCACUGGGCACGGUCAGCAGCUCAGCUGGACUCCAUGUGAGGCAGCAAAUGCCAGCCUAUAUGUACAUGAAGAAGGAAAAGGAGGAAAUGAAAGUGGAGGAGAAGAAAGAGGAGGAGAAGAUGAAGGAGGAAGAAAGGGAGAAAGAGAAGAAGGAAGAGGAGAAAGUAAAGGAGGAGGUGGAAGAAGUUGGUCUGGCCUUUGCAGCAGAGAAGGGACUGCCAAAUGCAGUUCCAGACUCAGACUUGCUGUCGUUGCCUGUGGAAAUCAAAAUCACUGCUCCCACUCCAACGCCAGAGCAAGACACGGAGAUGAAGGAGACGCCACGACUCUCUCCAGAGCGGGCUGCUUCCACCAUAAGGCACAAAUUUAAGUUUUCAUUUGAUAUGGGAAAUGAACCACCCCAAAUUGUGACAGAAGCCCCAGCAAAUAUUCAUUGCCAUGAAGGAGAGGAAGUGGUGCUGGAGUGUGCUGUGUCUGGACAGCCCCCACCAGUUGUGAGCUGGUCCUUGAACAGCCAGAGCCUGUCUCCUAGUGGGAGACUGAGGUUUGAAGAAGGCAAGAAUGGCAUAUACCGCUUACACCUUCAAGAAGUCUCUGUCACAGACGCUGGGCGGUAUUGUUGUGUGGCCACAAAUGUGGCUGGAACAGCACAGACUGCCUCUGAGCUGACAGUGCAGCCCAGGGCACCCAAGCUGUAUAGCAAGGGUGGAGGCACUGAGGAACUGCCUUCCAUGGACCAUGUUCUGCACCUCCAAGGCCUCAGCAUACUUGGGAAGAAUGAAGAGGAAAAAAUUACAUGUCCCAAGGAGGAGGAAGCUCACCUACCUUGGUCCCUGAGGUUGUCUCCACCUCCUGGUGAGCAGUUGGAAGAUUGUGAGGAAACACCUCACAUCAGGGAAAGUGAGAUGGAGGAAACAAUGGUUCUGGAUAUCAAAGAAGUUUAUGCAAGGCGAGAAAGGGGCAAUGCAGAAGAACGGGUGAGUUGUACAGAUGGUAUUUCUGAAAUGAGGCAGCACAGGGGAAAAGCUGUCUCUGAGGAACACAGCUUUGGAAUUGAUACCACUGAAUUGCACCCUACCAUAUCCAGGGAAGGAUGUGAACUGGUGGCCAAGGACUCAGGUCGCUUCUCUGAGGAGCUGGAGCCUGAAGAAGGCAAGGUGCUACCACAUACAGAUACUCUGUCCUGGGACAUCUUGAAGUCACCAUUUAUGGAAAUGCAAGGGCAAACAUGUGCCCCUGAGCAGUCUGCUCUGGCAGGGGAGUGUAAGGAUUUAUCAUUUAUGGAGGUGCAAGGGCAAACACGUGCCUCUGAGCAGUCUGCUGUGGCAGGGGAGUGGAAGGAUUUAUCAUUUACGGAAGAGCAAGAACAAACACAUGCCCCUGAGCAGUUUGCUCUGGCCAGAGAAGGUAAGGAUUUAUCAUUUAUGGAAGAGCAAGAACAAACACAUGCCCCUGAGCAGUCUGCUCUGGCAGGGGAGUGUAAGGAUUCAUUGUUUAUGGAAGAGCAAGGGCAAGCACAUGCCCCUGAGCAGUCUGCUUUGGCAGGGGAGUGUAAGGUUUCACAAUUUUUCAUUCCUGUAUCACCUGUGGUGCAAGACAGAAGUGAUGUCUGCACGGAGUGUGAUGCCCCUGCCUGGGAGGCAGUGACUCCUGAUGUGCCUCUUGUGGAAGAGCCAAGUGUGCCCCACCUGCAGGACCACAUUGCAAGCACCUCCACAAAGGAGGAGUUUGGCUUUUAUGAAUUCUAUGCAGGAGAGCAACAGGAGGAACUGGACAAGGAACAAGAGACAUCAGUUACAAUUGAACAGGACAUUAAAGCUGAUGAUAAUCUUUGUAAAGAAGAAGUGAUUGCUGAUGGUGAUGCCACACACUGGGAAAUACAAAGUGACAGGCAAAUGCUGCAAAAAAUGGAGUCUGAUGCAUGCAGGCCUUCUUUGGAUCUAAUCCCCACGCCUCCUGGCAUAGAAAACUCAGGUCAGGUUUUUACUGAGGAAACUGAAGUUCAUCUGGAAGAAGGGCAUUUCAGAGAGCAGGUGUUGCCACCUGAGCCUAACACUGAGAUAGUGUUUGAUCUGAAGAAGUUUGCAGAGUCUUUCCCAGCUGAAGAGACUGUGUACACAGAAAAGGCACAAACCUCCAUAGCACUGGAAAGUGUGGAGAUCAUCACCGGGAUCAUCUCCCCUGUGCACCAAUGUGAUGCGCAUGAGGAAGAGAUGUCUCUGAGUGAGGAGCUGCGUCACAGCUACAGGAUGCAGCAUGAGGAGGUUGAUGCCCAGGAAGAGGAACAGCCAAGAGAAAUCACAACAGCUGAUUUGCAAACUCCUAAUGGGGACCUUGGCAGUGUAAUGAUAUCUGCUGAAGAGGGACAUUCUGCUGAAGAAGUUCAGGAGUCGAAGAUGAGUGUCUGUAGAGAGGACUCACUUCAGGAAAAAAUUAAUGAAUUUCUAGUGGAGCCCACACCAGGUUUCCAAAGAGAAGUACAAGAAACACAUGUGUGGGAAAGUGGGGAACGACUGGAGACUGCAGACUCCCAGAGUGACAGCUUCAUUAUGGACUUGAAAAAAGCUGCACAUGAAAAGAAACCCCAGGCUGGGCACCAGGCUGAGAAAGAUGAUGCUCCUGGGACAGAAAAGGUCUUUGAGCCAGGGAUGAGCAGCUUCACCUGUGAGAUGGAAAACACAGAUUCCCCUGAGGAGGUGCUCAGAGACAUCCAACAGGAACCAAUCACAACCAAGGGCUUCUCUUUUGGGAAUCUCAUACUUGGGUUAGUAAUGGAUGAUCCUGUGGCACAGAAGGAGCAAAGGAAGGAGUCUUGGGACGAGAAGAGGACUCCCACUGAUGAAGCCUCUGAGAAUAGCCUGGGUGGAGAAGAAAUAUGGGAGGAUACUUCUACAGGCCCAGAGCCCAGUGCUGUUCAAAUCUCAGAGCUGGAGCCUGAUUUGUCCCUGGCCAAUUAUUUAAGAUCCACCGGGAUAUAUGAAACUCCAAGUCUCAAAGGCACAGUUCAGAAGGAGCAGCAAGAAACUAUAACUUCGCUGGAAGUGGAGGAGGUUACUUUCAGCAUGGUUUACGAUUAUUACAACAACCAUCAGGAACUUGCCCGGCCCUUCUCUCCCGAGUCAGAAAUGUCUAUAGAGCUGGAGAGUGGGAGCAGAGAGGAGUCACCUGAUUCAGACCGCUUCUACACACCUCCCUCCUCUGUGGAAAUCUUUGAAACUGCUUCAUCAGCAUCCUACCACACGCCACUCAGCUCACCUGAGCGCUACUCCACACCAUCUGAGGGCUCAGGGUACAGCACACCACCUGAGCGCUACUCCACACCGUCCGAGGGCUCAGUGUACAGCAUGGCUCCUGAGCACUACUCCACACCUUUCGAGAGUUCAAAAUGCAACACACCCUCAGAGCAAUAUUUCACACCCUUUGAGGGACCCUACUCUACAUCAGGGGACAGCACGCCACCAGAACGCUACCGGACACCCACUGGGGAGUACAUGGAUGCCCUGACCAUACUGCCCUUCUGUGAAAGGAGGCAUCAGCCUCCAGACCAGCCCCAGGCAAAUGGGUUUAUGACCCCCUGUGAAGCCCUGGAGCCGUCAGGCAGGGACAGGCCACCAGCAUUCCUCAAGGCAUUGAGCAGGAGGAGGUUGUAUGAGGGCAGCACAUUGACAUUUGUGGUUGAGGUGGUGGGUGUGCCCAAGCCAGGAGUGAAAUGGUAUCAUAAUAAGUCUCUGAUGGAGCUGGAUGAGAGAGUACAAAUAGAGAAGGAUGGGAACAAAUAUGUUCUGGAAAUCACUAAUGUCCAGAAAGCCGAUGAAGGACAGUAUCUGUGCCAUGCAGUGAACAUUGUUGGGGAAGCUAAAAGUAUUGCAGAGGUGGAAGUUUUGCCUGAAGAUGGACGGUCGCUGGCACUGCCACCCCCUGUCACCCACCAGCAUGUUAUACACUUCGACAUGGAGCAAAACACAUCUUCGAGGUCCCCUUCCCCACAGGAAAUCCUCCUGGAAGUGGAGCUCGAUGAAAAUGAAGUGAAAGAGUUUGAGAAGCAGGUCAAAAUCAUAACCAGUCCUGAGUUUAGCCCAGACAAGAAGAGCAUGGUGGUUUCCCUAGAUGUACUUCCACUUGCCUUGUUAGAACAAGCUGCAGGCUUGGCAGCAGGAGAGAAUGAGGAUGUAAAGAUUGAUUUCCAAGUAACUGAAAUGCCUCCACGCUUUGCUGUGCCCAUUACAGAUAUCAAGGUGACAGAAGGCUUGGAUGCAGUUUUUGAGUGUGUUGUAACAGGCACUCCUCUCCCAGUUGUUCAGUGGUUCAGAGGUGACACGUGUGUGACACCUGGCACAGGGAAGUAUGUUGUGAGUCAGAAGGAGGGACUUCACAGUCUGAAGGUCCAAACUGUAGGAUCUUCUGAUAGUGGCUUGUAUUGCUGUCAGGCAAUGAAUAGGCUGGGAGAAGCAACGUGCAAAGGCUCCCUUGUGGUCAUGGCUCAGCAGGAAGCAAGUGCAGUGAGCAGUGAGACAGUCGCAGGCUGUGAACCACACAGUUCCCAGAAGUGUGACUUACUUUUAAGCAAGACUGUGAGCCCAGGUGACCAGUCAGAAAUAGAGCUGGAAUUUGAGUUUGAGCCGCACAGAGAUGACUCAGAAAAAGCGAUCCAACUGCUAGCAGUGACUCGAGAAGAGCAGGAAGUGGAAGGGGAGAAGCAUGUCAACAUUAGUUUUGAUGUGUUUGCAGAGCCAUCCGAAGAGGAACGGGUUGAGUUUAGGGCAGAGGACUCGGAGAGCUGCAGUUUUGAGUUCCAGGUCACAGAAGCUCCUCCCAGAUUUGUGAGGCUUAUUUCUGACUACAGUACAUUUGUAGGUGCCUCAGUGUGCUUCCAGUGUCUCGUGAGUGGUUCUCCCCGUCCAAGUGUCUGCUGGUACAAGGAUGGGGUGUUGUUGGAAGGGGAUAGGUACUGUGCGCAGGAAGAGCAGAACGGCUUGCACAGUCUUACUAUUGAAGACCUGGUGCAAAGUGACAGUGGACAGUACAAAUGUGUAGCUACUAAUAGGGCAGGAACUGCUGAGACUUCUGCUGUGUUAACAUUAUACUAAAUUUCAUAAUUUAGUAUAAUACUAUAAUUUAUAAUACUAUAAUUUAUUUCAGAGUCUGUCUUGAAAUACUAAGUGUUUUCAUGAUGUUCACUGCAGGUAAAAAUGCAGCACUCAUUUUAGGGGCAUUGUUUUCAUCUCUUUAAAGGAUGAAAACCACUCUGUGGGCAUAUUUGUGUUUCACUUAGAUUUGCCUUCUUUGGGGAAUUUAAGUGGGAUUUAAUCUAUGCAUAGAUUUUGUGCACACUUUCUGCACUGAGGGAUAUUUCAGGCUCCUUCUAUGCUCUUUGCUCAUUCUUGUAAAGAUAUUUUAAUUGACCCUCAUUUGCGUAGGACUGAUUUUUUUGUAUCAUGUACAUAUACCUAUGUGUCUGCAACAGUGCAAUCACUAUUGUUUUUAGGCUAGGAAUCACCUGACAAUGUAGACACUACCUUUUUCUUGUAACCUAGAGGUAUGGAACACUAACGUAUGCUUGCUGUUUAGUUUGGGUAUAGUUCUGUUAAAGAAUUCCUUAAAUUGUUAUUCCCCCUUCUCACAAUGUUGUGUCAGAACAUGAUUCAAAUCCUGUUUAUGGUUUCUAUCACUGCAAAAUUCUUACAUCUAUGGGCCUCUUUCUGCUGACUCUAAUUACUAAUUAAAUAAGGAAUUAAAUGCCUUGUUUAAGUCAAUGAAAUUAUGCUGUUGCAAAGAAAAGCAGAGCAAUGGGAAGAAAAAUGAAAAAAUUGCAUUAGUAGAGACUGGACAGGAUUUUCUUCACUAUUACCAAGUAAUAAACAUGAAAGCAUAUUUUGUACUGUAUUUUUAGAAGUUAAAGGGAAGGGAGAAAGGGAGCAUAAUAAUAAAAAAUCAAUUAUGUUAGUGUAAAUUCAUUAAAAUAAUUUUGGUUGUCCCUGUAUUCCAGUGUCAUUAGUGAAAAAUGCAUAGUAGUAAAAAAGUAAGAUACUUUUAUGCGGUAUUCUUGUUUCACAUUAGAACUACAUCUCUACGUAUUCCUUUUUUAUUUCUCUUUUUAUUAUUAAGAACAUUUAAGUGUGCUAUGUAUUGAGACAACCAGAAAUAAGGGGAAUGUAUUCAGUUGUUAUGUGUAGCAUUUUCUCAGCACAGAGAAUUUUUACAUUAAUGUUUUCAAUAUGAAUAUGUAUUUUUAUAUUUAAAGUAAUGCUAAUAUUUAGGAAGAAUCAGAAGUAGCUGACAUAAUUAAAUCAGAAUUAAAUCUAUCUUACAUAAACAAUGAUAAAUUGAUUAAGAAAAUCUGUUAAACAGAGAAAAGUUAUUAAUUAAUGUUUCUCAGAAACUAAAUGACUCUCUAAUGCACAUACAAGCUUUCCAGUCACCUAUAUGUCAAGGUGAGACCUUGAGUUCAAGAUCCCUAAGCAAAAAUUAGUUUUACUUAAUUUACCUGUUAAUGAGAUUCUUCCAGUUAUUUACAAAUUGCUCUCAGUUGCCUUGCAAACAGCUUUAAGCAGAGUGGUGAUUUUAAGGAUAAAACCUAUUCCUAUAGUAUGUUCAGCUAUGUUCAUACAAUUUCUUAUUUCUGAGUUUGAUGUGUCCUCACAAUGAGACCACCGUGUCUCAAAAAAUCUGUUAUUUUCUAAGACUAUCCCAUCACUCAGCUGGGACAGUAAUUUUUGUUCAAAAUAUUCACCUUGUCCAGUUGUGUUGCCUGAUAUGAAUUCAAGGCCUGAGUAGCAAGUUCUAAUGACUCAGUACCCAGGUGAAAUGACUGAAGUGUUUAGGCUAGUGCAAACGUGUCACUUCAGUGUCUUCUCAGUCAUAACCCCUUGAUAAAUAUUUAAGAUUUAUUUGUUAAAAGGCAGUUGUGAAAGCUAAUUGUGCUUUCUGAUAGGUGAUGGUGGUAGGAAAGAGAAGCAUGACCGUCUGACCCAAUGUUGUGCUGGGAAAGAAUUACUCCAUGAUGUGUCCUUAAUCCAUUCCUUGUGUAGAUGUGUAGCACUAACUGAUUCAUUAGACAGCAGAGGUCCUUAGGGAGGUUGGCAUGAAUUGUUUGAUGUUCUAUGUCAGCUGUGACACGAGGGGUCUUUUAGUUCCAAAGUCAAAAGGGUCAGAGGCCCUUUGAUUAGGUCCUGCGCAAUUGUGAAGUGUGUUUAUUUUGCAUGUAAAUCUGAAUAUUUUUAGCAAAAAGAGGCCCAUAACUUGGUUUUGGAGCCAUAAGCCACACAGGUCCAAGUUCAUAUUCACAUCUGAAAUAUAUGGCCAAGCAUCUACCCAUGUAGUGAUGUUUGUGAUUUAUGUAAAUUUAUAAGUCUUGGUUUAAGUUUUGUACAUUAGCCAGGAGCACCUGGUUCACCUAAACUACAAUUAUUAAAUCUGGAGUAAUCCUAGGUUUGAAUGAACUUAGUCUGGAGCAACUGGUAUAGCUUGACUAUCUUUUUUCAAAAUUCUGUGUUUUCAUCAAAAAUCAAAAGCUCACAAUUUUAAUUUCAGAUUUAAUGUUGUCUUCAUUUCUAAACAAGUAUCUUAAAAAAAGAAUUAAAUAUGUCUAUUUGUCAUCAAUGUAUAUUGAAUGUUAACAUGUAUGGUUAAUUUGUGAAAUAAA